CAGUCAGUGUACACUUGGUGAAAGGUUACCAUGGACGUUCCUUCAGUGUUAUAUUUACUAGCCUUCUUAGGUCUGCAAGCAAGCUCAGCCACCCUGAAAAGAGAGAACAUCACAGUACUGGAGGGGGAGUCCGUAGUUCUCAAUUGUACGAUGGAUAGAAUUGAAAAUUCAUCUAUUGAGUGGACAAAUCCAAAGCGGCACGUUCUAUACUUCAACAAUAUCCGAGGCAUAAGGGACAGAAGAUAUAAUUUAGUGCAUUACUCAAAAGCAAAAUUAUUUAUCACACUGGUGAAUACAACAGUGGAAGAUGAUGGAGUGUAUACCUGUUUAUAUUAUAACCAUCCGGUGAUAUCCAAAGAAGUGUAUCUCACUGUUUUAGCACCCCCAUCUCCGCCUGUACUGAACAUUACUACACGUUUACUGAAGGGAAAAGAGGAGAAGGUGGUUAGCUGCAUUACCACAGGAAGCAAGCCAAAACCUCAAAUAACCUGGCUCUUAAACAACAGACUGGAGUUGCGUGGACACACGGAAUAUAAUCCAGAAAAUAAAGGGACAAAGUUUACAACAAUCAGUAUGUUGAAUAUAAAAGCACAUGAUCAAGAAUCCAGAGUUGACUGUUUGGUUCGGCAUGAAAGCCUGAUGAACAAGGUUCUUCGGGUGACCUACAGAUUUGACAAUCACUAUAAUUCUCUUGGGCUAACUGAAAUAUACAGUCAAACUACAAACGAAAUUAACCCAACCUCCACAACAGAAUCAGCAACCACCAGUGAAUUGUUUGAAUCAGUCACUCUGGAAAACAGCACAGAAAAUAUUUCUACAGUUAACUAUGAUUUCCUCACAUCAACAGAAGAUUCAAUGCUGUUUACAAAUGGAACAGAGUCCAGUCUAAAUUCAACAUCCAGCACAGAAAUACUAAUAGCAACGACAGGACAAAGCACUUUCCAGAUUAAAGAAGAGUCAUCUACUUCAGUAAGUGAGAUGGAAUCAAGCCUGACCUCAACACCCAGCAUGGAAUUAUCUGUCACGGAGAGUGAACAGAACAUCUCCCAGGAUAAAAUUGACUUAUUCAAUUCAAGUUACAGCAAACCCUACAAUUCAAGUGAAAACAACACAGAGGCGAAUGAAUGGGCCAUCAACUCUACAACUGUGUGGAAUUUAACAACAAAUUCAUCAUUAGAACAAGAAAAUCCAAAUGACACAGUAAAAUGCGAAAAUAAUCAAAGCAUAGAAAAUAAUGAAAAACCAGAGAAGCUACGAAUGAAACGGAGUAGUGCUCUAUUACUGAUACUCAUAGCUUUCCUGAUCUGUGGUUUACUCAUUGUGUUCCAACUAUUUGUGCUAAAAAUAAGAAAGGAGCACUUAAAGUGGAGGAAACAAAAAGAUGACUCUGAUUUGACAGUGGAAAGUAAUAAAUCAAAUAGAUCAAGUAAUGAAGAAAAUGUUCGACCUGAAAAUAAUAAUCGAGAGCCAAAUUUUGCAAAUCAUUACACAGUUCAAGUACAUUCAGAGGGACAAAUGAAGCAAUAUAUGAACAGCAUCACUGAAGAUCAAAUAAAUACAUUGGACAAGGAGAGCACAGUAUAAGUUGUAACAACAACAUCAUAUAUUUGCAUUAGAUUUUAAUGCAAACU